GCCGGGGCCCCGGGCGGGGCCGCCCGCAGGUACCGGUCGCGUCACGCGUGGGCUCCGCCGAGGGUCGCGCUGGGGGCGACGCGGCGGGGCUGGGAAGUUGGGGGGGGGGGAGAGACCGCGCACCCCCCCGCGUCCUCGCCCCGCGGCUGCCCGGGGACCGGGCCGUCCCCCUGUUUUGCUGCGUGGGGCCGGGCCCCCCCCCCCCCCCUCCAGGUUUUGCUGCGUGGGGCCGGCCCCCCCCCCCCCCCCCCAACCCGUGUCCCGUGGCUGGUGCUCGUGGGGGACCAUGAAGGUGAAGGUGAUUUCUGUCCUGGAGGACAACUACAUGUACCUGGUCAUCGAGGAGAGCACCCGGGACGCCGUCGCGGUGGACGCCGCCGUCCCCAAAAGGUUGCUGGAAAUCGUCAGGAAGGAGGACGUGGUGCUCAGAGCGGUCCUCACCACCCACCACCACUGGGACCACGCGAGGGGCAACGAGGAGCUGGCGAGGCUCUGCCCCGGCCUGCGGGUGUACGGCGCCGAUGAGCGGAUCGGGGCCCUGACGCACAAGGUGACCCACGACCAGGAGCUGACGUUUGGGGCCAUCCGGGUGAGGUGCCUCUUCACCCCCUGCCACACCUCGGGCCAUAUGUGCUACUUCAUGUGGGAGGACGGCUCCCCGGACGCUCCGGCUCUCUUCUCAGGUGACACGCUGUUCGUGGGAGGCUGCGGGAAGUUCUUCGAGGGGACGGCGGAGCAGAUGUACACCAACCUCACCCAAAUCCUGGGGGCUUUGCCGAAGGAGACGAAGGUGUUCUGCGGCCACGAAUGCACCGUCCGAAACCUCAAGUUCGCCUUGAAAGUGGAACCGGAGAAUGAAAUAGUGAAGAAGAAACUCGCAUGGGCCAAACAGCGGGAUGAUGAGGACUUGCCCACGGUGCCCUCUACGCUGCAGGAGGAGUUCCUCUACAACCCCUUCCUGCGGGUCACGGAGGAGCCCUUGCAGAAGUUCACGGGCAAGACGGACCCGGUGGACGUGCUGAGGACCCUCCGCACCGAGAAGGAUAACUUCAAGAAGCCCAAGGAGCGGCCCAAUCCCCAGGCCAUGCUCGCGUUCGACUGGGGACUUUUCAGCCCCUUCCUCGAGAAGAAGUGAGUGGCCGCAGUGGUGGCUCCCAAAACGCAGCAUCCCCAUCGUGGCGGGGGCUUCCUGCAGGGGCUGCGUCCAUCUGGCUCCGACUUAACUCCCGUAAGACUCGGCAGUAGUUCCUGUCUUUAACCUGCUCAUUUUGAGGCUGCUCUGCUUCACUCCCUCCAGCGCCGUGCCCGGCUCCCCUGGCCCACGGGAGCUUUGCUGAGCGCCUGUUCCCUGGGAGAAGGGAGCGCCUGGGUGCCCUCAGCGAGCAGUUAAGCCCCCCCGGCCGCUGGGCUGCGGUUGCUGCUGGUCAGGAGGUGUUUUGGAGGAGAGGACACCCACGCUCGCAACAUUCAGGUUGGUGGGUGCAGGAGCUGCCGCCCGUCCUGCAGCCCUUCUCCUGCGGGAGCCAGGGGAGAAUAUGGAAAAGGUGGGGACCAUGGUGCUGUACCCCAUGGAGCAGCCGGCACCCAUCAGGCUGUAAGGCUCUCCUGCCUGCAGCCCUGCCAGACCUGGGUGCUGCAUCCCGCUUCCCGCAGGGUCAGCUGGAGCAGAGCUUUGCAGCAGCCCGCUGACCUCCUGCCUGGCCGGGAAGCCCUCCUGGCUCUGCCUGCUCCGCUCCAGCCGUCCCUGUGCCCUUCUCGGGCCGAGGGCAGGCAGGGACGAGGCGCGGGGACUUGGAUGCACGAGCGGAAGCCGGGAAGGGGACCGGUGUUUUCGUUGGCGUUCAGCAGUACCUACCUGGCUCCAGACCUGGGCUAAAUGAAACCCUCGUUGCAGUGGGGUUUGGGUAUUUUUUUUUUUCCCCUAUUUUUAUAGUAGGCCAAUGUAGAAAAAUUGCAUAGGGAUUUGUAACGCAGUCGCUGAUGCAUGGGAGCCAUCCAAACCACUGAAACUGUGCAGAGUACAUUCAGGUGGAGUUCAGGCCUGGAGGAAAGCGUGCUCUAAGCCACUGGCUUUGUAAAAUACUUCGCAAGGUGUGACAGUUUUUAGGCAGCAAACAAUAAUGUGUUGCUAUGCAUCCAUUGCCUCUCUUUUUUUUUUUUUUUUAACCCCCCAAGAUAAAAAAUUGGAAAACACUUGGCUGAAACUUAUAUUUACGUUGCCUCAUCUUUAGAACAAGAGCUAGGGAGCAGCUGGGCCUCUUCAGCUUGCAGCCUCCAGCCUUCAGUUUGUGCAAAAUCAGUACUGUAUUUUAUUUUAUUUAAGUCUGAGAAAUGUGCAAAGCUUUUAUUUGCAGGUGGUGGGGAGGUGCAUCACCAACCAGCAAAGUAGUUUUCUUUUUUUGGGGAAAAAGUAGGGCUUGAUGGUAGCUCUGUAAAUAGCUGUGAAAAACCCUCUGAAGGGUCUGGGCUUGGGUGAGUCACUCCGUGCCGGGACAGUCGCACGCAUCUCUGGUUUCUUCUUUACCUCAACGAGGAGAGUGUGUGCGACUGUCUCGGUGUUGCUGAGUUUACACCCGUUCUGCGUAGUUCAAAUGAAAACGCAGAGGAGCGGGUCCUGUAAUCCUUUACCGUAUGUCGUCAUUUUAAAGAGCGUUGAUUAUAAAUUUUAUAGCUCCUAACACUGGAAGAGAGUUGACUUCGGGAUCUUUCACGUGUGGACUGUGAACUGCAUGUGUUACCACUGAAGCCUGGUUUAUGGCUGUUUAUUCCCUUGCUAGAAACUAGACUAAGGUUUUCUUUUUUCCUUUUGUUAAGUUAUAGUGUUAGAAUUUACUCCCUCCCACAGGAGGGGAAGAAUUAAUCCUGCUGCACAAGUUGCCUCGGUACUGUCGCCUCAAAGUUACUCAGUUUAAGUGUGAUGGUACAGUUCAUAGAUGUUACCUGGGUGUUCCUCUGGCAGUGUAUUUAUACUGGGAGCAGAGAUGCACCCGUGUGUGUUCGGGGAGGGUUCCAGAACUAGCGCCGAGUUCGCUCACAUUGAUAGCAGCAGCAUGCAGGCUGGGAGAAAUUCAAGCUGUUCUCGAUACCAUGUCGAGAACAGAAACCUGGGAGCAUCUGUAGCAGCCGAGGUCUUGGUAUGUUCUGGGCGCAGAGUCCUCUGAUGGCUUUAGUGGUGUGCAUGUUGGUAACCUGGUAACUGGAGAAGAGACAAAAUGCAGACACCCCCCCCCAUUGUUUAAUCUACAGCUAAUUUAGCUUUAUUUUUUUGUGCACUUCUGGCCUGACGUGCAUGUUCUCAACAGAAACAGAAUGCGUUUCUUUUGCACUGAUGUACAGAGUUUAUGGUCUCAGCACUUCAGCGUAUUGGACUGACUUUACAUUAGCAGUGGUAUCUCUUGCUGUAGAUAAAAAUUUUAUGGUUUAGCAUAACACUGUGUGUUAUAAAUCUAUGCAUGGAAAAGGGCAUUCCCUGAAACUGCCAACUUGCUUGUAAAAUGAAUAGGGUGGGGUGGGGGAAGCAGUGGGAGAUUCUUGCCUUAUGAACACUGUGAAUUCACUAAUUGAUCCGCAACACCUGAAAAAUGUAAAGCUUUUAAUUAAAAACAUUAAAAA